AUGAACUGGGAUGCACUGGGAGGGCCCUCUGAGGGCCCUGGUCCUUACUGGUGUGCACUGGUGUGAACUGGUGUGAACUGGGAAGGCACUGGGAAGGUACUGGGAUGAACUGGGCUGAACUGGGAGGCCCCUCUGAGGGCCCUGGUCCUUACUGGUCCUUACUGGUCCGUACUGGUGCGGCAGCGGCGGCGGGGGACGAGAACCGCAUCGUGGGCGGGGCCAGCUGCGGGCGGAGGCUCCACCCCCACCAGGCCGUGCUGCUGGAGCCGGGCGGGGCCAUCCACUGCGGGGGCGUCCUGAUUGGCCGCAGCUGGGUGCUGACCGCCGCCCACUGCCACACCCACAGCCCGCUGCCCAUCCGGCUGGGCGAGCACAGCCUGCGGACGCGGGAGGGGACCGAGCAGUGCCUCACCUGGGCGCGCGCCUUCGUGCACCCGCGCUACAACGUCACCACGCACGACAGCGACCUGAUGCUGCUGCGCCUGCGCCGCCCCGCCCACCUGAGCGCCCACGUCAGCCCCGCCCCCCUGCCCCGCAGGUGCCCCCGCGGCGGGGACAGGUGCGUGGUGUCGGGCUGGGGCAGCACCAGCAGCCCGCAAGGUUACUUCCCGGACGUGCUGCAGUGCGGGGUGGUGUUCACCUGGCCGCACCAGGUGUGCUCUCACCUGUACCCCGGCGCCAUCACCCCCAACAUGCUCUGCGCCGGCAACGACCGCGCCCGCGGCGGCACCGACUCCUGCCAGGGUGACUCGGGGGGCCCGCUGGUGUGCGGGUCGGAGCUGCAGGGCAUCGUGUCCUGGGGGAUGCAGGUCUGCGGCCAGGAGGGAAAACCGGGCGUCUACACCCGGGUCUGCGCCUUCACCGCCUGGAUCCGGGACACCAUCCGCAGGAACGGGGGGGACUGAGACCCCAAAAACAGCCUGAGACCCCAAAAACACCCCCUGAAACCCCAAAAACAUCCCCGGACACCAAAAACAUCCCUGAGACCCCAAAAACAUCCCCUGACCCCAAAAACAACCCCUGACCCCAAAAACACCUCCUGAGACCCCAAAAACAUCCCUGGACCCCAAAAACAUCCCCGGACCCCAAAAACAUCCCCUGAGACCCCAAAAACAUCCCCCGAGACCCCAAAAACAUCCCCUGAGAUCCAAAACACCUGAGGGGCUUCACCCGGGUCUGCGCCUUCACCGCCUGGAUCCGGGACACCAUCCGCAAAAACGGGGGGGACUGAGACCCCAAAAACAUCCUGAGACCCCAAAAACACCCCCUGAAACCCCAAAAACAUCCCCUGAGACCCCAAAAACAUCCCCAGACCCAAAAA